ACUAAAUUUGCACUUAAGAUUCCUCCCAUGCUCUCUGCAGUUGUAGGAUUGGGAGAUUUGGUGUCUGCAGUGGGCUCCAAGUUGGAAAAUAACACCUCUCUUCCUUUACUAUCUGAAGGCUCCUCUUGCUCUUUGGGAGACUGUGCAGCAGAGGAGUUGGGAGAGUUUGCUUCUUCCAGCAGCUCCAGCUUUCGGCAAGAGGAAAGAGUUCAGUUAUGUUUCCAGCAUUUAACAGGUCAUUACUACAGAGUUGUUUUGAGGAUUUAUGGUUCUCAGAGACUGCUUCUCAUUUCCAUGUAACACUGAGAAGCCCAUAAGAAGUACGCAGACAGCGAGCAGCUGCUGAUACCAGACCUCCAGAAGAAUUGGAGAGACCAGCAAAGUGCUCUUCUCUGAAGAAAUAAAGGAUCCACAGCUAAUUAUAUUCUAUAGCUGGGUCAGUCUUUUCGCUAUCUAGGAACUACCAUCUUUCUUCUCAGUUCUGACACCCAAGAUAUGAUCUGAAGAAAUGGAGAGAGAAAAUUGCACUCCAGUCACAGAGUUCAUCCUCCUGGGAUUCUCAGACUACCCAGAGCUCCAGAUCUUCCUGUUCUUGGUAUUCCUCGUGAUCUAUAUUGUCACCUUGGUGGGGAACCUUGGGAUCAUCUUGUUAAUCAGACUUGAGUCUAGACUGCAUGCCCCAAUGUACUUCUUCCUCAGCCAUCUGUCCUUUGUUGACCUUUGCUAUUCUUCAUCUGUCACACCCAGACUGCUCAUGGGCAUCAUCUAUGAGGCAAAAGAAAUCUCUUUCUUUGCUUGUGCUGCGCAGAUGUACCUGUUUGUCACUUUUGUUGUGGCUGAGUCUUUUCUCUUGGCUGCAAUGGCAUACGAUCGCUAUGUGGCCAUUUGUAAUCCCUUAUUGUACCUGGGGAUCAUGUCAAGAAAACUCUGUGUCCAACUAGUAGCUGGUUCUUAUAUGUGGGGUGUUGUUUGUGCCUUUGUUCACACUCAUUCUGCUUUUAGGAUUGCCUUCUGUGGGCCCAAUGCCAUCCAUCACUUCUUUUGUGAUAUUUCACCUGUGUUAGCUCUUUCCUGCUCUGACACCCAAAUCAACAAGAUUCUGAUUUUCAUUUUUGCUACCUUUGUGGAAACCAGCACCAUAACAAUCAUUCUCAUGUCUUACAUUUUCAUUAUUAUUUGUGUAUCAGGGAUCCGGACCAACAAAGGGAAAUACAAAGCCUUCUCCACUUGUGCUUCACACUUCACAGCCUUCACCAUAUUCCAUGCUACCCUUCUGAUCAUAUAUUGUCAGCCUACUCAGAGACUGUCAGGGGAUAUGGACAGAGUUGCAUCUGUAUUUUACACAAUGGUGAUUCCUAUGCUGAACCCACUAAUCUAUAGCUUGAGGAACAGCGAAGUGAAGGAUGCCCUGAAAAGACUACUGGGCAGGAAAUUUGUCUCCAGGUCCACCAGUUGAACAAGUUUCUGAUAUAAACAAUUGUGAUGUGGAGGGAAGCCCCGCCGUGUAUUGUCAUAAAAAUUAUAUUGUCAUAAAAAUGUUCUUUGCACACACAAAAGGAAAACUUGCUUCUAAGGAUGGUGCUGGCGACAAAAAUGGUGAAUUCUGGACAGUACUUCCUCCUGGAGAAAUUUGGUGAAAUGGUCCCCUGAUUUCUUGGCCCACAAGUUAGAUUGGAAAUUUCAAGAGAACCUAGGGCAUUUACACAUGUACAUCUAGAAUAUAUUCAGCAGAGAGCAUUAUAAUU